AUGGGCUUUAUCAAAUUUAAAGUUAGAGCUCGAUCUUUACCAUCUGAAGAAGAAAGUUUUGAUUAUUCUUCUGAUCAGGCAGAGGGUAGCAAUGUCUGCUGCUUGGCAGGGAUCAAGAAAUUAUUCUCUAAGAAUAAGAAGCCAAAGCCAUCGGCCAUUCACGAAGUGACAGAUGAUAUCAACAUUGAUGACGACAACGAUGACGUCACUCUUGUCAGCAACUACUCCUGUCAGUCAUUGGUCACUUUGGUCAGAUCAGCCGACAGUAUCGAGCCAAGAUCACUUCAUGAUUCUUGGUCUGCACCUGCUGUACUUGGUCAGGAUUGUCAUCAGUUCUUGAUGCCACCAAUGAGCAACAAGGUUGAGGACCAGCUACCAUCUACGUCCUAUUCAAGGGACGUAAGCGUUUCCGCCCAGGCCUUCCUGGCUUACCAUCGAUCUAUCAACGACGAGGAGAGCGAUGACGACUCGGUGGCAUCUGACACCGAAUACGCCGGGUUUGAGAACGACCAUGGCAGUGAGGCUGAUGUCGAAUCCAACGAUGAUGCCGAGAAGAUCUCGGUCACCAGCCUUGUGUAUUCUAAGAGUGCAAUCGCCCAAGACCUGUACACGGUUGAUCAGGCCCAGGAAGAGACCAAGGACGAGAUCGACAAUGAUGUCGUAGAGUCCUGCCAUGAUGACGAUAAGACCAGCUCAUCGAUUGACCAGACGUCAUUGAUGGUCAUGGAGUACGACCACAUCCACGUCAUCGACGAAACGAUCACUGAUGAAAUGGACGAAGCCUCCUACCAUGCCUACAGUAGCUACCCAUCAUGCGGCUCAGAGGGAGAAGACGUCAUCAAUGACGAUUACGCUACGUCACAGGAUCGUGAAUCUGACAAUUUCUUCAGUCAGAUCUUUGCAAUGAUCUUCCUCAUCUGGAUGUACAUCUUCAAAGCUUUCGGGAGCCUCUAUCAAACCGGGCUCCAACUCGUCCUCGGUACCAUCAUUGAGGAUGAGGAAGAGGAGGAUGAUUUCUUCACUCAAGUCCUGACAGUGAUCUUUGCCAUCUGGAUGUGCAUCCUCCAACCUAUCGGGAUCAUCUUCCACCCUUUUGUGAGCAUCUUCAACACCGGGCUCCAGGUCGUCCAGUAUGUCAUCUUCGGGAACGAUGACGAGGACCAGGAGGAUGAUGAUAUGGAGGAAGAGGAGGAGAACAAGGAGGAAGGAGAGGAGGAGGAAGCGGAGCGGAGGAAGGCAGAGGAGGAAGAUGAUUUCUUCACGCAAGUCUUGACCGUGAUCUUUGUCAUCUUGAUGUGCAUCCUCUUACCUUUUGGAAUCAUCUUCCACCCUUUUGUGAGCAUCUUCAACACCGGGUUCCAGGUCGUCCAAUACGUCAUCUUUGGGGACGAUGACGAGGACGAAGAUGAUGAGAUGGAGGAGGGGAAGGAAGAAGAGGAAUGUAAUGAGGAGGAGGAGGUGGGCGGGGAGGUGGAAGAGGGGCUGGAUGACGCAGAGGAGGAGGACGAGGAAGAAGAGGAGGAGGAACACGAGGAGGCAGAGGAUGUGGAAGAAGAGGAGGAGGAGGAUUUCUUCACGCAAGUCUUGACAGUGAUCUUUGUCAUCUUGAUGUGCAUCUUCCAUCCUAUCGGGAUCAUCUUCCAUCCUUUUGUGAGCAUCUUCAACACCGGACUCCAGGUCGUCCAGUAUAUCAUCUUUGGGGACGACGACGAGGACGAUGAGAUGGAGGAGGGGAAGGAAGUAGAGGAAGUUAAGGAGGAGGAGGAGGUUGGAGGAGGACAAGGAGGAGAACGAGAAAGAAGAGGAGGAGGAGGAGGACAAUGA